AAAGGAUCAUGGACCGAGGAGGAGGAGUGUAGUUUUCUUGUACAACAACAACACAUCCCAUUUCGGAUAAAACAGAUCGAAGCUUUUUUUUUUUUUUUUUAUCAAUCGGAGAAAAAAAUAUGGAGAAAGCGAUCGAGAGACAACGGGUUCUUCUUGAACAUCUCCGUCCUUGUUCUUCUUCUUCUCACAGUUUCGAGGCUUCUCUCUCCGCUUCUGCUUGCUUGGCUGGGGACAGUGCUGCUUAUCAGAGGACCUCUCUCUAUGGAGAUGAUGUUGUCAUUGUCGCGGCACAUAGGACUCCACUAUGCAAGGCCAAACGUGGCAACUUCAAGGAUACGUAUCCGGAUGAUUUGCUUGCACCUGUUUUGAGGGCAUUGAUAGAGAAGACAAAUAUAAACCCAAGUGAAGUAGGUGACAUUGUGGUGGGUACUGUUUUGGCACCUGGAUCUCAGAGAGCCAGUGAAUGCAGGAUGUCUGCCUUCUAUGCUGGUUUCCCUGAAACCGUGGCCGUCAGAACUGUGAAUAGACAGUGCUCUUCUGGGCUUCAGGCUGUUGCUGAUGUAGCCGCUGCCAUUAAAGCUGGAUUUUAUGACAUUGGUAUCGGGGCUGGUUUGGAGUCCAUGACUACCAAUCCAAUGGCAUGGGAAGGUUCAGUCAACCCAGCGGUGAAGAAGUUUGUACAAGCACAGAAUUGUCUUCUUCCUAUGGGUGUGACUUCAGAAAAUGUAGCUCAACGCUUUGGUGUCUCUAGGCAGGAGCAAGAUCAAGCUGCUGUUGACUCGCACAGAAAGGCAGCUGCAGCUACUGCUGCUGGUAAAUUCAAGGAUGAGAUAAUUCCUGUUAAGACCAAGCUUGUUGACCCAAAGACAGGUGAUGAGAAAUCUAUUACUGUUUCUGUUGAUGAUGGAAUCCGAGCAAGCACAACCCUUGCUACUCUUGGAAAGCUGAAGCCAGUGUUUAAGAAGGAUGGCACCACAACUGCUGGAAAUUCCAGCCAAGUAAGUGAUGGUGCAGGAGCCGUGCUCCUGAUGAAGAGAAGUGUUGCAAUGCAAAAGGGACUUCCCGUUCUUGGUGUAUUCAGGACAUUUGCGGCAGUUGGUGUUGACCCAGCAAUCAUGGGAAUCGGUCCAGCAGUUGCCAUUCCUGCUGCAGUUAAGGCGGCUGGUUUAGAACUAGAUGACAUCGACUUGUUUGAGAUCAACGAGGCAUUUGCAUCUCAGUUUGUUUAUUGCCGUAACAAAUUGGGACUUGACCCAGAGAAAAUCAAUGUCAAUGGAGGCGCACUGGCCAUAGGACAUCCUUUGGGCGCCACAGGAGCACGUUGUGUUGCUACUUUGUUGCACGAAAUGAAACGCCGUGGAAAAGACUGCCGUUUUGGUGUAGUGUCAAUGUGCAUUGGGACGGGAAUGGGUGCAGCGGCUGUGUUUGAGAGAGGAGAUGGAGUUGAUGAGCUUCGCAACGCAAGGAAAGUGGAAGCACAAGGCCUUUUGUCCAAGGACGCUCGCUAAAGAUGACGCUGUGGCAAAACCCUCCCUAUUCACUCUCCACAUAUUUGAUCUCACCUCUCUCUUCUGGUCCUCAUUUCCCUUUCUUCAUCAGAUAUUAUUAUAGUUUUGAAUAAAGCACACAACCAAUGUUUGCCUGAGCGUCUUGUGUUCUUCUUGACCAGGUCAUGUGUUUUUUAGUAUUUUUUUUACGUGAAGGGGGAUACAAUCUUUAAAUCUUUAUAGUAUGUAUUAAGAACGUUGGUCUUCUUCUUGAAUAUCAGUUGUUGCUUCUAGAAAUUUUAGAUUUUUUGGGCUGUCAACAACUUUUAGAUUUCAAUGAAACUUUCAACAGAGUCAGGAGUUCCGACUUGUGUUGGUGUUUGAUUAUUUCAA